UUCCCAUUCAUUCAAUGCACUUCCAUUGACAAACACUAUGUUUUGAUACUUCAUACGUUUUAAAGUUUGGAAUUGUUGUUUACACAAUAGUAAAAAUGUUAGAGCCAAUUUUGGCGGAAGACAGCACAUAUACGAAACUAGUGCCUUCAUUGGAAGGAAUAUUAAACGAUUUAAACGAAGAUGCCACACCUCAUGAUUAUCUUGUUGCUUUAAUAAUAGUGUUAUUGGCAGAGUCUGGUUUUUAUUUGUCACCGACAAAUAAUGAUCGUUCGCAAUGUUCAAAACUGAGGUCUCUUCGAAUACCAAAAAAUUGGAAAAAGGAAGGGACAGAAUCUUAUGAAAUGAACUUUCAGCUGGAAACUCCUGCUAAUGUGGAAUGCAAACUGCUUGCAGUUCCAUUGGGGGACACAUUGAUUCUAAAUUUCUUUCCUUUCAUAAAGUAUAAGAAAAUUUAUACUAUAUCCGUUCAGACUUUGAAGUAUGUUAAUCCUUACUCCAGUGAUCUUCCUGGACGGUACAUGAACUUAAAAACAUUCUCUCACAGGUUCAAGGACUCACUGUCCACUCCGGUGCGGUCAGAUAUAUUAAACACAAUGGGAUUAAUGGGCCCUAGCCUACAAUCUAUUCCAACUGAAGUAAAACUCAGAAUUCUUGGAAUGCUGGAUGUUCAUAGUUUAACUAAAAUGACACAAUGUUGUGCAGAAUUUCGUGAUCUCUGUGCAGAACCACAGUUAUGGAAGGACCUAUUGUAUAGGGACUUUCAAGGAUGUUCAAGUCCAGUAAUAGCAAAUAGCAAAGCAUAUUACAGAAAACAGUAUAUAGAGAGAAAAAUACGUCCUUUCGGAUCACGCCGUUUCUUAAGACAUGCCGGUCGUAGUCUUAUAUAAUAUAUUUUCUAUAAAAAUCUCGGUAUUUUAAGAAGGGAGCUAAAUAAAUUGUUAAAUUUUUACAAAUUUAAUUUGUUAUACAUUACUAUGUAACAUAAGUAUAUUUGUAUAGAUUGUAUAAGUAAUAUAAUUAACGAUCAUUUUGUAGCUAAUGAAUAAA